AUGGCAAACAAAGGCAAGCCCUGUGCUUUCCUUCUCAUUCUCUUCCUUUGUCUUGCUUCUUUUAUUACUGUUAAAGCACUUGACAAAAGCGAUACGACGCUGACCAAGUGCAUCAAGGGUUGCCAACGGAAGUACCCUCAGAGCCCAGAGGAGCGAUAUCGGGCUUGUCAGCAGCACUGCGAGAGCACUGAACUGCAGCACCGCCCUGAGUGCAGACAACAGUGCAUAGACAAGUACAAAAAGGAACGAAAAGAUGAUAACCCUUAUGCGUUCGAGGAGCAACACUUCACUACGUUAAUUGAGUCUCAGCAUGGCAGCCUCAGAAUUCUUCAGAAGUUCCUGGAUCAUUCCAAGCUUUUAUCAGGCAUCAACAGCUUCCGUUUUGGAUUUCUUGAGGUCGGUCCUCACGCGCUUCUUGUCCCUAGCCAUCUGGAUGCGAACCUUCUUAACGUUGUUCUUCGAGGAAGGGGAAGAGUGAGCUUGGUACGUUCAAAAGGAAGAGAGAGCUUAAGUCUUCAACCUGGCGAUAUCUACAGAAUUCCUGCAGGAACAACUGCUUACUUGAUCAAUAUAAACAAGACUGAGAAACUUGAGAUUGCGUCGCUCAUCCAACCUGUUUCCACUCCGAGCAAAUUUCAGGCCUUUUUCGGAGCUGUUGGACAGAACCCAAAGGGCUUUCUCACAACUUUCAGCCCUGAGCUCCUAGAAGCCGCUUACAAGGUAAACAGGGAUAGGCUGCAGAGAUUUCUGGGACAAAAGAAUGAGGGGUUCUUCGUUGACGCUUCUGAAGAGCAAAUCAGGGCUUUGAGUGAUCAGGCAGGUGAAAAGGGGUCAAGGCCUUUUGGUAAAUCAAGAAGCACGGUUAAUAUUUUACACCAACGCCCUGUACAUUCAAAUAAGUAUGGUGAGAUCCGUGACGUAAAACCUGAUGACUUCAAGCCAUUAGAAGACCUUAAUGUUGGUGUUGCGUUCGCAAACAUUACACAGGGAGCAAUGUCAACCAUGUUUUUCAACUCCAAGGCAACCAAGAUCUGUGUAGUGCCUAACGGGAAAGGUUACAUUCAGAUGGCAUGCCCACAGUUGUCUUCCUCUUCUUCAGAGGAGUCCGAACAAGGCCAUGGCAACGGAGGCUCCCACGAGCAGAGUCCAGGUUAUAAGCAGCUGAAUACCCAAUUAAGGCCUGGCAUUGUGUUCAUAGCCCCUCCUGGUCACCCUUUUGUCAUGGUAGCUUCCAGUAACCAAAAGCUUGAGGUUCUCUGUUUUGUAAUCAAUGCCAGAAACAAUGAAAGAACCCCUCUCGCAGGUAUUGGGACUAGUCCUAUCAGUCAACAUCAAUGUCAAAAUUGAUAAUUUUUUGUGUGUUAUGACAUUCUUAGUUCUUUUCAUAGCACUUGAUCAAGAAUCUUAUUAACCCGUCAUCAACCCGCUUGAGUUAGUAUAUAUAGCCUGAUUUUGAUCUGAAAUUCAUGUAAAACUUUCAGGAGGAA